UUCACUGGCAAGUAGACAGUUUCAUUAGCACCCCAUGUGCUCGGCAAAUUCAGAAGACAACAUUUGGGAAUUUUAAGUUAAAAUCAAACAAAACAGGCGCAAUGGGUGCGAAAAAGGUGAAAAUCAGCUCGGUGAAGCGGGCUGCUCAUCUGAAAUCAAAGAAAACACCGCUGUCCAAGCAGCAACAACAAAAGCAGAAACAGAAGCGCGAUCAACUGAGUUCCAAACGCGAACAGGGCCAGAAUAUAUUCUCCCAGAAGGCGAGAAAGCGCGACAAUUUGGCACAACGCAAGAAGCACAACAAACUAGCCUCAUUGGGACUGGAUCCUCUCGAGGACGACAACGAGGAUGGCGACGAUGAGAUGCUGGAUAACGUGGCGGACAUGCUGGAUGGCGAUGAUCUUGCCCUGCUACAUGCCAACAAACGCAAGCGAAAGGCCAAGCCGACCGGCGAACACGACGAGGACCUGGGGCAGUCAAUCGGCUUGGAAAAGGCUUACGCCUCGGACACCAAAAAGGAGCAGGCGGCGCAGAAAAUCAAGCUGGAUCUGUUGCCCAUUAAGUCUAGGGAUGGUCAGAUCAUCACCCGCACCACAGAGGUGGAUUACCUGCCCAAGCCCAAGCAAAAGAAGAAGAACGAAGAGCAGCAGGACGAAGACUCUGAGGAAGAGGAAGACGGGGAAACGGAGUACGAGGACAGCGAUGACGAUGUGGUCAACGACGUCGAGGCGCCGUCCGCAGUUCCAGUCCAAAAACUCAUCUCCACCACGGAUCUGCUGAUUGCCCGCCAGCAAGAGAUUGAGCGCCAAAAGUAUCGCAUUGGAAUCAUUUGCUCCGGACUGCUCGAAAAACCAGAGGAUAAAAUGCGCAACUUCCAUGCUCUGUACGAACUCAUGGAUGAAAUCAACCCAGCUAGUCGGCAGGCCAACCUGAUGGCCGUGAGAAAGUUGGCUAUAAUUUCUGUAACCGAGAUCUUCAAAGACAUUUUACCCGAGUAUCGAGUGGGUCAGGUGGACACCAAGAUGCAGACGCUGCGCAAGGCCACUCUGGACCGUGUGACCUUUGAAAACGCUCUGCUCCAGCAGUUCAAGAAGUUCCUGCAAAAGCUGGAGCAGAUCACUGCGCAGGUGAACAGGAGAGGCGGUCUAAGGACGCCCCAGACCAUCAAGUUGGCCACCGUGGCGGUGCAGUGCAUGUGCGAUUUGCUGGUGGCGCAUCCCUACUUCAACUACGUCCAAAACAUAGCCCAGCUGCUGGUCUACAUGCUUAACUGCAAUUAUCUGGAGAUGCGAACAGCGGUCAAUCAAUGCUUCCGCUCAGUCUUCUCUAACGACAAGCGAUUGGAGAUGACUCUCUUUAUAGUGCGACGCAUCAACCACCUGAUUAAAACGAAGCAGAACAAUGUUCAUGUGGAGUGCAUUACCUGUUUGAUGGGUCUCAAGAUCAAGAACGUAAAUCUGGAUGCAGAGAAGGAGAACGAGCUAAAGCAAAAGAAGCUAGAGUCACAUCGUCAACGCUUGUUGAGUUUGUCCAAGAAAGAGCGGAAGAGGCGGAAGAAGCUGACCGAGGUAAACAGGGAACUGGAGGAGACCCGUGCAGAGGAGAACAAGCAGGACAAGCACCAGAAGCUUACCGAGAUCAUCAAGAUGGUGUUUACGAUCUAUUUCCGCGUGCUGAAGAACGAUCCCACAUCGCGCGUAUUAAGCGCCAUUCUUGAGGGUUUGGCAGAAUUUGCGCACGUCAUUAACUUGGAAUUCUUCUCCGACUUGAUCGAUGUGCUUAACCGCAUUUUGGAGGAUCAGGACGAGCUGGGCUACCGGGAGCGAUUGCACUGCGUUCAGACCAUAUUUGUCAUCCUUUCCGGUCAGGGUGAAGUGCUUAACAUCGAUCCUAUCAGAUUCUACCAGCACUUUUACCGGAAUAUGCUUGCCGUGCAGGCGGGCAAGAAUCACGAUGACUUUACCAUUAUCCUUCGAACUCUUGAUGAGGUGCUGGUGAAGCGACGUCGAAAUAUGAGCCAACAGCGUCUAAUGGCCUUCGUAAAGCGGUUGCUAACUGGAAGUCUGCAUUUGCUUCACAACGGAACCUUAGCCACACUGGGCACCGUAAAACAGACCUUCCAGCUGACUUCUGUGCUCGACAAUCUACUGGAUACGGAUACUAGCAUCGGUUCAGGACGUUAUGACCCUGAGCUGGACGAUCCCGAGUACUGUAAUGCGGCCAGCACGGCGCUGUAUGAGCUCGCUCUUCUGGCACGGCAUUAUCAUCCUACGGUGCGAAAGAUGGCCGUUCACAUUGCCCACGGAGUUCCAGCUUCAGGCGAGGGAGCCCUGCCCACGGAUAUCGGCAAGCUUACCUCUCACGAACUGUUCACGCAAUACGACAGCACACAGAUGGCUUUCAAUCCAACGAUACCGCUGCCAAAGGCCGGCCAGCCAAAACUGAAAAAGGGCAAACAUUUGUAUAUCCGGUCGGACUUCAAGCAGGAGUACGGAAAACUGUUACGGGAGGCCAAAGUUUCACAAGUGAAGGAUAAGCGUACAUUUCAAAUUGAUUUUCUUAGUGCACUUCAAUAAAGGUAAAAGUGGAGAUGAAACCUUAACAAAUUAAAAGCAAAA